AUGUCUCACAGCCACUCACAUGAAAGCGCGUCGCAUUCGCACACUGCCGCGGAUCAUGGUCAUACGCACGAGAUUCUCGAUGGACCAGGAAGUUACUUGGGGCGCGAGUUGCCCAUAAUCGAGGGAAGAGACUGGGAAGACCGCUCUUUCACCAUUGGAAUUGGAGGACCAGUAGGCUCCGGAAAGACAGCGCUCAUGCUAGCCCUCUGCAAACACCUCCGAACACGAUUCUCUAUAGCCGCAGUAACAAACGACAUCUUCACGCGAGAGGACUGCGAGUUUCUGACCAAGAACAAUGCCUUGCCUGCUGAGCGCAUCGUCGCUGUCGAAACAGGAGGCUGUCCCCAUGCCGCCGUCCGCGAAGAUAUCUCCGUCAACCUCAUGACCCUUACGAACCUACACCAAAAGUUCAAUACCGACCUCCUCCUCAUCGAGUCCGGCGGUGAUAACCUUGCUGCAAACUACUCGCGUGAGCUUGCCGACUUCAUCAUCUACGUUAUCGACGUGUCGGGCGGUGACAAGAUCCCCAGGAAGGGCGGGCCGGGCAUCACACAGUCAGACCUGCUGGUCGUGAACAAGAUCGACCUCGCCGAGGCUGUCGGCGCAGACCUGAACGUCAUGGAGCGGGAUAGCAGGAGGAUGCGUGAGGGUGGUCCCACGAUAUUUGCGGUUGUCAAGAGGGAUCAGGGUGUGGACGCCAUUGUGGACUUGAUCCUGUCUGCGUGGAAGGCUUCGGGUGCAGGACAGGCAAGGAAGGAGAAGUUCGAGCCUACGCUCAUGGAAUAG